AUGAUGUUCAAAUUUGCUGCUAGAACUACAGUAAGGAUUGGUAUCCGUUUUUCAUCAACAUAUCCAAGUUCAUCAAAAAUUGUCAAAUCUGCAGAUGAAGCAAUAAAUGGUAUUAAAUCUGGUGAUAUGAUCUUAUCAGGUGGAUUUGGUUUAUCAGGUGUAUCAGAAACUUUAAUUGAUGCUCUAUCAAAAAGACCAGAUAUUAAAAAUUUAACUGCAGUUUCAAAUAAUGCAGGUUUAGAAGGUAAAGGUUUAUCAAAAUUAUUAGAAUCUGGUCAAGUUACCAAGAUGAUUGCAAGUUAUAUUGGUAUGAAUAAAAAAUUUGAACAACUUUAUCUUAAUGGAUCUAUUGAUUUGGAAUUAACUCCCCAGGGUACUAUAAUUGAAAAAGUUAGAUCUGGUGCUGCUGGAAUUCCUGCAUUUUAUACACCAACAGGUGUUGGAACAUGGGUUCAAGAAGGCAAAUUACCCGUGAGAUAUGAUUCAAACGGUAAAGUUUUGAAAACUUCAAAACCAAAAGAAUCAAGAAGGUUUAAUGGUAGAGAUUUUUUACUUGAAGAAUCUAUUUAUGGUGAUGUUGCAUUUGUUAAAGCUUUUAAAGUUGAUACUUUAGGGAAUUGUUGGUUUAGAGGAUCUUCAAGAAAUUUUAAUCAAGCAUUUGGUAAAAAUGCAAAAUUAACAAUUGUAGAAGCUGAAAAUAUUGUGGAACCAGGUGAAAUUGAACCUGAAAAUGUUCAUUUACAAUCAAUUUUCGUUGAUAAGAUUGUUCAAUCCAUAAAACCAAAACAAUUUGAAGUUAUUAAAUUUGCUGAAGAUCAAAAAUCUCCUGAAGAGCUAUUAGAAUCUGGUAAUGAAAAGGAAAUUAAAAGAUAUAAAAUUGCUAAACGUGCUUCACAAGAAUUUGAAGGUCAUAAUUCUGCUAAUUUAGGUGUUGGUCUUCCUAAUCUUUCAGCUGCUUUCUUACCUGAAGGUUCAAAUGUUUUAUUAGAGUCAGAAAAUGGUAUUUUGGGAAUGGGUCAACAUCCUAAAAAAGGUAAAGAAGAUGCUGAUUAUGUGAAUUCAGGUAAAGAAACUGUUACUUUAGUUAAAGGUGCUUCUUUAUUUGGAAGUGAAGAUAGUUUUGGUAUGAUUAGAGGUGGUAAUAUUGGAUUAACAAUGCUUGGUGCAUUUCAAGUAUCUGCAAAUGGUGAUUUAGCAAAUUGGGGUAUACCAGGUAAAAUUAAAGGAAUGGGAGGUGCAAUGGAUUUAGUUUCAAAUCCAAAAGCUACAAAAGUUGUUGUUGUUACAGAACAUACUAAUAAAAAAGGAGUUUCAAAAAUUGUGGAAAAUUGUGAAUUCCCAUUGACUGGAGAAAAAGUUAUAAAUACUAUAAUUACAGAACUUGCGGUUUUCAUAAUAAAAGAUGGGAAAUUGGUUUUAACUGAAAUUUCUACAGAAUCAUCAUUAGAAGAAGUUCAAAAGAAAACAAAUGCUAAAUUUAUAGUUUCAGAUGAUUUGAAAGAAUUCUAA